ACGACUUGAAAGAACUAGGAGUACUGUCGAAUAAGACUUGGAGAUCUAACAUUGAUUGGGACACCGAACUCCCACAGACCGAAUCAUCUAAGUGGUUUGAAUGGUUCCAAGAACUUUUAAAAGUUUCUUCGUUGAAGAUCCCGCGUUGGUAUUCAAAAAUAAAAGGCUCGGAACCUUCAUAUCGAGAACUGCAUGUUUUUGCGGAUGCGAGUGAGCUUGCCUACGCCUGUGUCGCAUAUUGGCGCUUAGUGUACCCUGACGGCAGCAUCGAGCUCAUUCUCAUCGCAAGUAAAACGAGGGUCUCCCCACUUAAACCUAUAUCUAUCCCGCGAUUGGAGUUACAAGCCGCUUUGAUAGCUUCUCGAUUAGCACUCGUUAUCAAGGACAGCCAUCGUAAAAAACCAACACGUACAUAUUUUUGGACCGAUUCGAUGACUGUCCUCCAAUGGUUGCGUAGUGAUGCACGAGCGUUUAAGCCUUUUGUUGCCCACCGCCUAGGUGAAAUAUUAGAAAAUUCUGCUGUCAAAGACUGGCACUGGGUACCGACAGACUUAAAUGUGGCUGAUGACGCAACUAGACUUCGUCCAAUUAUUCUAACCCUUUCACAUCGGUGGUUUUUUGGCCCAUCAUUUCUUUUAAAGUCCCCCGAGGACUGGCCCACAGAGCCACUUAAUGUCACAUCAAACCUCGAAGAACUUAAAUGCCAACCAAUUGAGUCGGUGGCGGUAACUUCAGUUAAUGGCGUUUUGCCAAAUCCGGUCACAGCAAAUCUAGAAUAUUUUAAUGACUGGCUCCGGUUAUUACGUGCCACAGCCCGGGUACAUCAAGCUGUGGCAAUUUUCGGCAACAUUUUGGCCUCAAUUAGAAAUUCUAAAGUAAAAAAUGGAGCGGUUCCUUCUCGCUCGCGUUGUUCAUCAACGUCCACCACUCACACACCUUUGAACGCAGACCUAAUAAAAGCCGCUGAAAGGCAUAUUUUGCAACGGAUUCAACUGGAUAGCUUUUCCGAAGAGUUCCACUGUAUUAUCAACUCAAAACCGAUUCCUUCAAAUAGCCGUCUCACCAAACUAUCACCCUCUCUGGGAGAAGAUAAUUUAAUUCACUUGGCUGGAAGGAUAAAAGCGGUAGAAGAUAUUGACCCAGAAACACGAUCUCCUAUAUUACUAGAUGGUCGUCACCCGAUCGCACGGUUGUUAGUACAAUUAUAUCACAGACGAGCAGGGCACGCCAACAAUGAAUACGUCAUUAAUGACAUAAGACAAAGAUUCUGGCUUCUGAGGCUUCGAGAUACAGUCAGAUCAGUCGCUCAUAAAUGCUUGUUUUGCAAGAUUCGCAAAUCGAAGCCUAUGAACCCCGCCACUGGAGACCUGCCACCUCAAAGGCUCGCACACCACCAGAGGGCAUUCACCUUUACCGGCUUAGAUUAUUUCGGCCCUGUCAAUGUCACAGUGGGUCGCCGCCAUGAAAAACGUUAUGUAGCCCUUUAUACAUGUCUCACAACACGGGCAUUACACCUGGAAUUGGUACACAGCCUUUCAUCUGACUCUGCCAUAAUGAGCUUGAGGCGUUUUAUUGCCCGAAGAGGUAUCCCUAAUACAAUUUACUCAGACAACGGGACCGCCUUCGUUGGAGCAGACCGCAUUCUACGCCAAUUCUACUCAGAUGGUAUGAAAAAAGAAGCAGCGACUAGAGGAAUCAGGUGGAGUUUUAUCCCCGCAGCUGCACCUUCGUUUGGAGGAUGCUGGGAGCGUUUG